UAUGCGAGGAUUGAAUGAGUGGAAGGACUGAAGGACCUGAAUCAUUAUCAGUGGUGAUUAGUGAGUGAGAAUUUGCGAGUUGGCGACGAGUUACCGAGUUAGGUUUUGAAAACUCGCUCAUCCAUGGCUCGGAGCUUGUCUCGUUCGCGUUCACCUUCCCACAGAAGAAGAUACUCUCGUUCCCCUGUUUCCCACCGUCAUGCUCACUCUCACUCUCGAAGGGAUCGAACAUCCUCAAGGCGAAGAAGCCGAUCCCCUAGCCACAGGCGCCGCAGAAGCAGAACGCGGUCACCGUCUUCGCCGAGGCGCCGCAGAAGGCACAGAAGCAGAAGCACUUCCUCGCCCUCUCCUCCUCCUCCUAAAUCGCGCAGUCCCAGUGUCGUUGCGAACCAUCACAAGCUCAAAAAAGACGAAGAAGAAAAGAGAAGCAGGCGUCAACACGAGGAGGAAUUGAAAAAAUUAGAAGAAGAGACCGCAAGAAGAAUCGAAGAAGCAAUUCGAAAAAAUGUUGAGGAGAAGCUUGAUUCAGAGGAAGUUAGAUUGGAAAUAGAAAGGCGCAUAGCAGAGGGUGUGAAGAAAUUGUUUGAUGAUGUUGAAGUUCAACUUGAAAAGGAAAAGCAAGAUGCUCUUAAUGAGGCUCGAAGGAAAGAAGAACAAGCUAGAAAAGAGAGGGAAGAGCUGGAUAAGAUGCUUGAAGAGAAUAGGAGGAGGGUGGAAGAGGCUCAGAGAAGAGAAGCCCUAGAGCUGCAACGAAAGGAUGAGGAACGGCAGAGAGAAUUAGAGAUGAUCCAGAGACAGAAAGAGGAGGCUGCUCGGAGAAAGAAGCUGGAGGAGGAAGAAGAACAUGCCAAUCGAAUGAAUUUGUUAGGUAAGAACAAACCUAGGCCUAAAUCUUAUGGUUUGUAGUUAUCUAUUUAUUAUUAUGUAUUGUCCCUGGGGUCCUUCCCCAACUUGUUGUAACCUUGUUAAAAACCAUGGCUUGCAACCAAUUUAUUUAUAAAAUUAUAAAUAUUCUGUA